AGGUUGAAUUACUGGCAAAAUUUGAUCCCAUUAUGGAAAACCAUCUCAGCAAAAUUAAAGAUGGACUGACACAUGCUCAUUACCUUGGGCAGCACACACAGAAUGAGCUAAUACAGAUUGUGAGUGGCAAAAUUCUGGAAGCAAUAGUGACUCAAAUAAGAGACUCAAAGUACUUCUCCAUUAUCUUGGACUGUACACCUGACAUUAGUCACCAAGAGCAAAUGUCCAUUAUUCUGAGAAGCGUGGCUUUAAGGGGAAAGCCAGAGAUCAAGGAGCACUUCCUCGGCUUUGUAAAUGUUGAGGCUACAACAGGUUUAAAUCUGUCCACUGUCAUCUUAAAUAAGCUGAAUGAGCUGAAGAUUUCAUUUGAAGAUUGCAGAGGGCAAGCUUUUGAUAAUGGGGCCAACAUGAAAGGCAAGAACCAAGGACUACAAGCCAGACUGCUCAGAAGAAAUCCCAGAGCCGUGUUUGUCCCAUGUGGAGCACAUACUCUAAACCUUGUAAUUGCAGAUGCUGCCAAAUCUUCAAAAGAUGCAGUCGGGUUCUUUGGACAUGUGCAAAAGCUCUUCACCUUCUUUUCAGCUGGCACACAAAGAUGGAGUGUUUUAAAGAAACACGUGAAGAUAACCAUGAAGUCAUGGAGUGACACAAGAUGGGAGAGUAGGCUCAAAAGCGUUCAUGCAAUAAGGCACCAGGCAUCUGAGGUUCGGGAGGCAUUACUGGAAGCCAGACAGACAAUCAAUGAUCCUGUGGCCAAAGUGGAGGCACAAGCACUUGCAGAGGAAGUUGGGUCCUACCGCUUCUUGAUUUGCUGUGUCGUAUGGUGUGAGAUACUGACUAUUACAAACAUAGUGAACAAGCUCCUCCAAUCCGCCUCAAUGCAGUUGAUAUAGCAGUUAAUUUAAUCUCAAAUGCAAAGGCUUCCCUCACUACAUACCGGGACACUGGAUUC